GCGGUUCUGGCAAGCGGGACCACGUACGCUAGCGUUAUCGACACCAUGAGAAUUUUCAGUUUCCUUCCGGACCGCUUCGGACCUGCAGCUUCUGCAUCGGGCUGUUGAUUCAUGGACGACCGAGCCUCAUAAAACCAUGGACGUCGCGCCCAAAGUUCACUCUGAAGCGGCAGCGCCCGCCGAGGAGAAGAAGCCGGCUUGCAGGCCAUGCUGCCGAGGCAAGAAGCUGAAGAAACCCAGCGAGUUGCCGCUGUACAGCUGUCCCUCGGAAAAUGUUGAGUACGAACUUGUAGAAGAGCCUCCUGGUCAAGUUGAAAAUGCGGUUCAUUAUGUGAGGACAAGCCUGAGCCCAUACUACAGUGCAGUUGAGUCUGCAAGUGAAAGGGUCGGGGAUCUGUACACAACUGCCAUUGAGCAUUCAAAAUCAAGCUAUGAGUAUGUAACAAGGGAGGAAAAUAUGGUUUCGAGGGCCAUGGCCAUAUCGUUGGGAGGCCUUACAGGAAUCGUUCUUGGAGCCAGGGGAGGAAUAUUCAAGAAGCUGAUCUAUGGAAGUGUGGGAGCUACUGCUGCUGCUGCGGCCUGCUAUCCCAAGGAAGCCAGGAAGUUCUCUCAGGAUUACCUGGUUGUUGCUCGUGACCAGGCUGCUGCUGCUGUGAAGCAGGUCACAGGCCAUGACCUAAAUGACCUGUUUUCGAAAGUGCAACUUCCGAAGCUGCCCGACUUCUCUGCGAAGACGAUUGACCAAGUGGGCCAGCAAGUGAGUGACAUUCAGUACAAUGGUUUCAGGCUGGCCGAUCCUGAAUCGAAGAGUUCGUAGUAGUGUUGCCUGCCAAAACACUUCAGGUGUGGCUUUCCAAGCCAGCAGGAUGGACAUUGGCUAACCUCUGCAAGAAAUUUAGGUCAACGCAAUAAAUGUCAUCUAAAUGUUUUA